ACACCUAAAACAAAAUGGCUGAGUUGAACGCGUCACUGAAAGCCUACUUGGCAGAGAGUCGAAACAAAAAUGGGUCCAAAAACAAAUCUCCAGACUCCGAUGCGAACGGAAGCUUAUCCAACGGGCUGGGGGCAUGGGCGCCCAAGCUGCCGGCGUUCCUCGGUGGGCAGAAGGACGAGGAGGCGCAGGCAGAGAGCGGGAGUAACGGUUGGUUCGGUCAGGCACAGAAGGACCCAUGUUGUCCGAGUUUGUCAAGAACACAAAGGAUCAUGGGAUUCAUGGUGUGCCUCUGUGCAGGUUUCUUCUGCUUCUCACUGGCUGCCAUGUAUGCUCCAGUCAUGAUCCUGAAGGCCAGGAAGUUUUCCCUCCUCUACACAAUGGGCAGUCUUUUCUUCAUAGGCAGUUUUUCCCUGUUGUGGGGUCCGUACAACCACAUGAAACACCUUCUGUCCUCCGAGAGGUUACCCUUCACCACCGCGUACUUUGGGUCCAUGUUUGCUACAUUAUACUUUGCUAUGGUGGAACAGAGCACUAUCCUCACAACCAUCUUUGCCAUCGUACAAAUCAUCGCACUUCUGUGGUAUGUGGCCAGCUACAUCCCCGGAGGACAGACGGGACUCAAGUUUUUCACCAGGAUUUUUUCCUCAGCGGCGUCCAAGGCCGUGAAGAGCACAAUACCUGUCUGAGAGAGGAACACCCCCACCCAAAAAGAAAAUAAGAGAAAAACUAAACUUUUUAUGGACUUGGAAAAAAGCGUGGAUGAGUC